AUGGGUCUCCUGGAGUUGGUGGCCUCAAACAUUGUUUCGCGAAUCGUUCGUCUGACCAGUGAUUUCAUUUUACUGUGGAUCUUCAAGUUCUUCAAAGGAAAACUCCAGCAAAUGGCGUUCCUGAGGCUGCUGGUGUUGCUGGUCGUCGGUGUGGCGGCUGCUGGUGCGGACUGCGGUCCGGAAGACGGUGCGUUCCUGUGUCGGGACGUGUGCGGCGAGGAAGUGCGGGGCGCCGGCGGCUACGGGCGCCGCGUGACGUUCGUCGGGGCGACGCUGUUCUUGGACUGCGUCAGGCAGGCGGAUCUCAAGGAGGUGAAAUUGCUGUCGCCGACGGUCUGCGUCGGGCGUCGGGCCGACAUGGAUCGUGUCGUGACGCCUUGGAGGUGGUGCGAGGAGGUCGUGCCACCCGAGCCGGAGAUCUCGACGGCGGCGGUUCCGCCGGUGGUUGAUGAGCCUCGCCCGGUGGCGCGGACAGCCAACCUGGCGGUUGUUCCGGUGCCGGCGAUCAAAACGCCGUUCGUGGUUCGGGCGCCGCCCUCGACGCAGCAAAGCGUCGUAGUGGCCCAAGAGGCGCCACAUGUCAUCAAGGCGCCAUCGUCGACGCCAGAAGUGACGGUCAACAUCAAGCAUGGUGUUGCGCACGUCGAGGCGGACGUGGACCCUUGGACAGCCAUGGUCCUGGUCUUUAUGGGCCUUGGUGGGGCUGGUGCCACCUCUUUGGCAGUUUUCCUAGUUUGGCUGGUCAAGUUCAUCAGGAACAAGUCAUCGUACAUGCGGGAGUUGGUGCGGAUGCUGACGCCGGAGGAUCAGCAGGAUCCGGAAGCCCAACCAGUAGUGGAUCUGCUGGGGCUGGAAGAGGCGGAUAAACCCGUCGAGAACGUCGAGAAGGAGGAAAUAGUCCUAGAGGACACUAAUCCGUUUAAAGAGAUGUUGAACGCGUAAUAUGUAAAAAUCGCGUCAAAGAAAGAAAGUGCCAUUUUUUGUACCCGCGUUUUAUAUGGGUAAAAGGCAAUAAGAGAAAUUGUAAAAAGAA